AGUUACCUAGAAAUCGUUUGUUUUCACGUUACAAACUUCAAAUUUGUCAAGAUGGUUAAACAGGGAAUAAAGAUUUAUGCGAGAGUAAAACCUACGAAAAUCAAGACUGCGCCUUAUGAAAUAUAUAAUGAGGAAGAUUCUGCAUGUGUUACAUUCUCUGUCCCAAAAGAUCUGGCUGAAGGAUUCAUAAACAACAAGAAAGAGGAGUACAAAUUCAGGUUUUCUAGAGUGUUUGAUCAGCAGUGCACCCAAGAUGAAAUAUUUGACAAUGUAGCAAAAGGAGUAAUUGAUAACGUGCUUGAAGGAUAUAAUGGCACAGUUUUUGCAUAUGGCCAGACUGGAUCAGGCAAGACGUUCACAAUUACUGGCGGAGCAGAGAGAUAUUCAGACAGAGGUCUCAUUCCCAGAAUUUUAUCAUAUUUAUUUGAAUACUGUGAAAAGAAUUCUGAGACGGUUUACACAAUACAUAUAUCAUACCUAGAAAUCUACAAUGAAAGUGGCUAUGAUCUUCUUGACCCCAAGCAUCAGGCGUCCAAGUUAGAGGACUUACCGAAAGUCAGCCUUCUUGAAGACAGUGAGGGCUCUUUCCAUCUCAAGAACCUCUCUAUGCACCAUGCAAGCAAUGAGGAAGAAGCUUUAAACUUUCUCUUUUUGGGUGACACUAACCGAAUGAUUGCAGAGACACCAAUGAAUCAGGCUUCAACAAGAUCACAUUGUGUUUUUACGAUCCAUAUCUCAUCUAGAGAACCGGCUAGAGCAACAAUAAAGAGAGCCAAACUUCAUUUAGUGGACCUUGCAGGUUCAGAAAGAGUUGGCAAGACUGGUGUAGGUGGGAUACUUUUAAAAGAAGCCAAAUAUAUCAAUUUAUCCUUGCAUUACCUUGAACAGGUCAUUGUCGCUUUGUCUGAAAAGUCAAGAAGUCAUAUUCCAUAUCGUAAUUCUAUGUUGACAUCAGUGUUACGUGACAGCCUUGGAGGCAAUUGCAUGACUACGAUGAUUGCUACUUGUGCUGUGGACAAAAAGAAUUUAGAUGAAUCAAUUUCUACUUGCAAAUUUGCUCAGAGGGUCGCCAUGAUAAAGAACGACGCCCUUUUAAAUGAAGAAAUUGACCCUAAGUUGAUGAUUGCUCAACUUAAAAGAGAAGUUCAACAACUCAAGGCCGAGCUUGCUAUUUCAACGGGACAGCAGUAUGUCGACGAAUUGACAGAAGAGGAAAUCGAGAGCCUCAAGAGAAUUGUAUUGAGCUUUAUCCAAGAUACGGAACCUGAUGCUGUACUUAGCGUUGGAGCCGACAUGAGAAAGAUAAACAUGUGCUUCAUGUUACUUAAAGGUUAUGUUCUUGAUAAGUCAAAGUCCUCUUCGCGUUCAGAAAGUUUCAGGGAGGAGAAUGGUGCUUUGGACAGCAGCUAUCUUGGACAUCAAACGGAAGUCAACAAACUUAAGGAACUGAUAAAGCAGCGUGAUAAUGAAAUAAAUAUCCUUGUUAGUAUGCUAAAGAAAGAGAAAAACCGAGUAGCCGGAAUGAGCAGUGCACGUGAACCGCAGCGUAGUUCCAGUCAGCCGUCAGCUGCUAUGGACUCGGAAAGUGAACGUUACAGCCAUCGAACAGGAGUUAAGAAAAGCUAUUCAGUAGAUUCGACAAUACAGGAUCGGGAAGACCUUAGUUCAACCGACAAUGAACCUUCAGCUUACAACAGAAAGCUCCAGGAGAUGUCCGUGGGACGAAAAGAAGCAUUUGAGGUUUUCAAGCGAGAUUAUGUUCAUAAUGAUACUGUGGAGGACCACAAAAGGAGUCUUAAACAAAGGUAUGCUGAUGCAAAGUCUUGUGGUGAGCAAGUCAACGCCUCAAGAUUAAAAAUAAAUAAACUGAAGACACAGAUUGAGCAGCACCGAAUGAGACAGUCAAUGCAAGGCCUUCUUGAUGGCGCCGAAAGCGACCAGAUUGUUGAUGCGGAAGAAGCCAAACUCAGACAAUCAAUGGAGGAAGAAAAAACAAGGUACAAGGCGAAUUUUAGUAGCCUUCGCUCGAUGAAGACAGAAAUCGAACAUUUGCAGCAUUUGUUGGAAAAAGCGAAGGUUCAGAUGCAGAAGGACUUUGAAUUAUGGUGGGCAGAACAGGCAGCGUUGCACACAACUGACUCUGUGCAUGAUGUGAAGAACGCCUGGAAGACUCCACCUCUAUCGCCACUUAAACCCUUCCCGGAUAGAACAAGACCACCUUCUGCAAAACGUCAUCUUCGGACCCAAGAUAAUUCAGCUGAUGUGUCAGGCAAAAUGGCGUCAAAGCUUCGAGCAGAGGCCCGUCUAGCUUCAUCGGUCUACACUAGUGCAUACGCUUCGAAAGGAUCAUUACAAUUUAGUCGAAGUAACAACGAAUCAUGUGAUGACGACAAACUUGAGAACGCUCAUAAAUCUCAAAACAGAUCCCUUUUACACAGUUCAAGUAAUCCUACAACGGGAGACAGUCAAGCAGACGCCGAUAUAAAAGCGUUUAUACAAGCACGACAAAACAUCCUGCAGCAAAGAGGAAAAAGAUGACGAAGGAGACUAAUGGUGACUUUUGGUCACCACUGUAAAGUAGGGCUCAAUCCAGAAGCUGUAUCAAUCAACCAUCUGCAUGCUAGAGUCAGUCACUUCAAAGAUCUGUGAAAACCGCCUGCAUAGGUCAAUCUUUUUAUGAAACAGACUGAUUUCAAUAUUUUAAAUUUUGUGACUGAUGUAGUUUAUCUCAAAGAAAGUUUAUUUGUGGUUCAUUGCUGUAUCAUUAUUGUGCUAAUAGUAAAGUUCUUUCACUCCUA